AUGUCCAAGAGUGAUGAUAUCGACGAGAGCUUGUACUCGCGGCAGCUAUAUGUGUUGGGGAAGGAGGCGAUGUUGAAGAUGCAGGUGUCGAAUGUGCUUGUUGUGGGCGUGACGGGGUUGGGCGUGGAGAUUGCCAAGAACGUGGCGCUCGCGGGCGUGAGGUCGCUUACGCUCUAUGACCCCGAGGCGGUUACAGUACAAGAUCUAGCGACACAGUUCUUCCUCCGAGAGAGCGACGUGGGGCAGCGGCGGGAUCACGUGACCGCACCGCGGCUCGCCGAGUUGAACUCGUACGUGCCGGUGCGGGUAGCGGAGAGCCUUGAGGAGGCGCGCCUCGGCGAGUUCCAAGUGAUCGUAGCGACCAACACGGUGCCGCUGGCGGAGCGGCUGCGGCUCAACCGGUACGCGCACGCGCACGGUGUCCGGUUCAUCGCGGCGGAGACGCGGGGGUUAUUCGGGCAGAUAUUCGUGGAUCUAGGCGAGGAUUUUACGGUGAUCGAUAGCACGGGAGAGGAUCCGAAGUCCGGGAUUGUGUCGGACAUUGAGGCGGACGGCACGGUGACGAUGCUAGACGACAGCCGCCACAACUUGGAGGACGGCGACUACGUGCGGUUCACGGAGGUGGAUGGCCUCGAGGGGCUCAACGACGGGACGCCGUACAAGGUCGAGGUGUUGGGGCCGUUCGCGUUUCGUAUUGGCUCGGUGGAGAAGUUCGGCGUAUACAAGAAGGGCGGCAUCUUCACGCAGGUGAAAAUGCCCGCGAAGCUUUCGUUCAAGAGCUACGAGGAGGCCUUGAGGGAUCCGGAAUACCUUGUUUCUGAUUUCAGCAAGUUUGAUAGGCCGGCCCAGUUGCAUUUGGGCUUCCAGGCGCUCCAUCUGUUUGCCGAAAAGAACAACGGACAAUACCCACGGCCGUCGAACGAGGAGGACGCGAACAAUUUGAUCAAGCUUGCUAGCGACAUGGCCGAGCAGCAGCCCCAGAUCCUUGGCGAGAGCGAGUUGGACAGGGACUUGCUACGCGAGCUCUCAUAUCAGGCAAGAGGCGACAUUGCCGGCAUGGUGGCAUUUUUCGGCGGGCUUGCGGCGCAAGAGGUUCUCAAGGCAUGCUCCGGCAAGUUCACGCCACUAAAGCAGUUCAUGUACUUUGAUUCUCUAGAGUCUUUGCCAGAUCCGGCCAAGUACCCCAGAACCGAAGCCACCACGGCCCCGAUACAGUCGCGCUAUGACAACCAAAUCGCAGUCUUUGGGCUUGACUUCCAGCGUGCGCUUGCGAACUUGAAGAUAUUUUUGGUGGGCUCUGGCGCCAUUGGGUGCGAGAUGUUGAAAAACUGGGCCCUAAUGGGCGUUGGCUCUGGUCCAGAGGGCAAAAUUAUGGUCACGGACAAUGACUCCAUUGAGAAAUCCAACUUGAACCGGCAGUUCUUGUUUCGUCCAAAGGACGUCGGAAGAAACAAAUCGGAGGUGGCAGCAGCGGCCACGAUAGAGAUGAACCCCGACUUGGCUGGCCACAUUGAUGCUAAGUGCGACAAAGUCGGCCCUGAGACGGAGCACAUCUUCGACAGCGACUUCUGGAACUCGUUAGAUAUUGUCACUAACGCCUUAGAUAACGUCGAUGCGCGUACGUAUGUCGAUCGCCGCUGCGUGUUCUACCGCAAGCCAUUGCUAGAAUCGGGAACAUUGGGAACCAAGGGCAAUACACAGGUCGUUAUUCCAAACCUCACGGAAUCAUACUCUUCGUCUAGAGACCCUCCUGAGAAGUCCAUUCCACUAUGUACCUUGCGGUCAUUCCCAAACAAGAUAGACCAUACAAUUGCCUGGGCCAAGUCUUUGUUCCAUGGAUACUUUACAGAAACUCCCGAAAAUGUAAACACCUACUUGACCCAGCCUAACUUUGUGGAACAAACCUUAAAGCAGUCGAGCGAUAUCCGAGGGAUUUUGGAACCAAUUGUUGCCUCGCUAAGCGACCGCCCGUACAACUACGAGGAUUGCAUCAAGUGGGCCAGAUUGGAAUUUGAAAAGAAGUACAAUGAUGAUAUUCAGCAACUAUUAUACAACUUCCCUAAGGAUGCAAAGACCUCUACGGGCGCGCCAUUCUGGUCGGGUCCAAAACGGGCUCCUGAACCGUUGAUCUUUGACAUCAACAAUCCUUCCCACUUCCAAUUCAUAGUAGCCGGUUCCAGUCUACGUGCAUACUGCUAUGGCCUAAAAGGCGAUGACGGACAUUUCGAUGUUGAGUUCUAUAAGAAAGUUUUGUCGAAUGUUGAGGUUCCAGAGUUUACCCCAAGGUCAGACGUCAAAAUUCAAGCUAAUGAUGAUGAACCUGAUCCAAACGCCAAUGCAAAGUUCGAAGAUGACGUUAUGGACCAGUUGGCCUCUUCUUUGCCAGAACCUGCAACUCUAGCAGGGUUCAGUAUGGUUCCUGCAGAAUUUGAAAAAGAUGAUGACACAAACCAUCACAUUGAGUUUAUUACAGCGGCCUCGAACUGCAGGGCUAUGAACUAUAACAUUGAACCCGCUGAUCACCAAAAAACCAAGUUUAUUGCGGGGCGUAUCAUUCCCGCUAUUGCAACAACCACCGGUUUGGUAACUGGCUUAGUGAAUCUAGAGUUGUACAAGGUGGUGGACCACAAGAUGGAUAUAGAGAAGUACAAAAACGGUUUCGUCAACUUGGCCCUACCAUUCUUCGGCUUUUCUGAACCAAUUGCUUCUCCUCAGGGUAAGUACAACGACCAAACGUACGACAAGAUAUGGGAUAGGUUUGAUAUCCAGGGAGAUAUCAAGUUGAAAGAUUUGAUAGAUUACUUUAAGAACCAAAAGGGUCUAGAGGUCACAAUGUUAUCCUACGGCGUUUCCUUGUUAUACGCUUCCUUUUUCCCCCCUAAAAAGUUAAAGGAUAGGUUAAAUCUGCCUAUUACUGAAGUCGUUAAAUCCGUCACCAAGUCCGAAAUACCUGCUCAUGUUAAGACCAUGAUUCUCGAAAUAUGUGUAGACGAUCAAGAAGGUGAGGAUGUGGAAGUGCCUUAUGUGACCAUCCACUUAUAA